UUUCCUGAUUUGCAAGUCAUUCCAUUUUUUCACCUCUUGGAGAAAGCAUUCCGGAUUGAAAGCCAUGUUGUACUACCUGGUCAAAUUUAUAAAACUUUGCUUCGGCUCUCCUGGGAAAAUGUUAAAACACUAUCGGAGCCUCGUUGAGGAGUGGAACGACGAUCAACGCAGCCGCCAGGUCAAUGAUGUGGUGUUCGUGACCUGCGAGGGAAUUAGGAGCUGCUGGGGACCACACCAGGAUCUGGGCUACAAGUGCGACGCCGCCUACUGCUUCAACAAUCAUGUGAGUCGCAUCAUUCAGCACAUCGACAGGGCCGUGUACUCCAUAGAUCUGGCGAUUUAUGCGAUGAGUUCUGAUCCCAUCGGCAAGGCCUUGCACAGGGCCAGCGAACGGGGAGUUCGCAUCCGAGUCCUCAGCGAGAGGAACUUUGUCAGGUUGAUGGGUACGCACGCCAGAUAUAUGCUAAUACGGAAGAUUCCGCCUCCCCGUAUUCCUACUGGCCGUGAAAUGAUGAUGCAUCACAAAUUCUGCAUUAUUGACGGAUACCAGUCCCAGAAGGAACUAAACCCGACUAAUUCCGAUCCCAAACUUUCUGUCUACAUGAGUGGCUCGCUCAACUGGGUGUCGCACGCAAAGAGCUGCGACGACCUUCUCAUCAGCAGUUCGCCAAAGGUCUCGAAGCGCCUGGAGCAGGAGUUCAACCGUAUUUGGAAGGGCCUUGGAAUUCUUCCAGGGCAACACCCUAAUAUUUAUAAUUAUAAGUCUUGACGAUUUUAUUACAAUUACAUAUUGAGUCAAUAUAAUAUGUUUCACUAA